AUGACUGAAAAUCAACAUACAAGUGAUAAUCGACAUCAUUUAGCUAUAUGGUGUCGUGCGGAAGUAUUUACUUUUGGUGCAUUAACAACUCCACCACCACCUGAUAUUACACCUUCUAGUUUAAAAUCCAUUGUCAAAUAUAUGAAAAAAAGUAAUACUGCAGGUUAUCCAAAAAUGAAUUAUAUGCUUUGGCGACAUAUUGCUUGUUCUAAAUUACAUAUGUCUGAAGAAUUAGCAUGGAUGUAUUUUGAAACGUAUAGUAUGUUAACGAAUACUUCGGCUCAACGUCGAAUACAAACUGAUAUUCAAGUUGCUAAAGCAAAUAGUACGGCUGAGAUUGAACGACUUAAAGAUUCUCGAAAAGUUGAUAGUCUUGCUUUUAUUCUUCUUCUAUUUCUUCAAUCAUUCCAUCAAAUUGAUCUUAAAUCAACACUUUCUCGUGACGAGUUUGUUUAUUUAAUUUAUAUUGAAAAUAAAUUUUUUGAAUCAAAUUAUUUUAGAUGGCCUAAUCGUAAACGAAAUUCUGAUUUAGAUGCUCGAAAAAAUCGCAUUUAUGAUGAACAAAGUCAUCAAUUAUUUAUUCAAGCGCAUUUAGAUGAUCUAUUAAAUAUUAUUUCAGACACGUCAGAAUCAAAUAAUCAUGAAAAUGUUCAAUCGGCUACAUUAAGUAUGGAUGCAGUUAAUGCUCUUAGUUAUAUAUUCGAAGGAACACUUCAUGAUAAUUUACGAAAAAUUUUUCCAUUACAUAUUAUUAUUCAAAAUUCAUCAAUUCAACAUGAAAUUGGAAUAAAUAAAUCGAUUGUUCCAUUUAAAAAUUUAUCGAAUUUAAUACGUCGUUCACUUAUUGCAAAUCCAUUUCAAGUUGGACAAACAAUGAAACGUGGAACACUUUUACCAUUACCAUUUAAUAAUCCAACACAUGAACAAAGAUCUGGCCGAGUUCUGUCCAAUUCAAAUUUUGCAGAUGAAUCUCAUCGAUUUGUAUUAAUGACAAUGAUUAAUCGAUCAUUAAGUGAUCAGGUAAGACCGAAAGCUAUAUGUUGCAUUAUAAUAUAA